AUGUCCAAGGCAAGGGGUGCCGGCGGUGUGGACCAGAUUGUCAAGCUCAUCGUCGGCGCUGGCCAGGCGAGCCCCAGCCCUCCGGUCGGUCCCGCGCUGGGUAGCAAAGGUGUCAAGUCGAUGGACUUUUGCAAGGAGUUCAAUGCCAGGACGGCGAAUUUCAUCCCCGGCACGCCGACGCCCUGUCGGGUGACGGUCCGACCCGACAGGACAUUCCACUUCGAAGUCCGGACACCGCAAACAUCCUGGCUUCUGCUCAACGCCGUGGAUGCGCCCAAGAACAAGAAGGGUAACAGAAGGGGAGCGAGCAGCCCGGGUCACGAGACGAUCGGCGACAUCAGCCUCAAGCACGUGUACGAGAUUGCCAAGAUUAAGCAGAAAGAGCUCCGGCUGUCCGGCCUGUCUCUCGAGGGCCUGUGUAGGUCGGUCAUUUUCCAAGCCAAGUCGAUUGGCAUCAACGUCGUGGCCUGA